AUGGGCAAUCAAUCAUCAGCAGUUGUGGUCGAGAAGAGAAUCAAGGAGAUCGGAAAAAACUUUUUCAAUAUUAGAGCAUCAUUCAAGAUUAAAGGCUUGAUUAAUAUUGGUACACACAUGUCAUUGAUUAGAUUAUCGAAUGGAAAAUAUUUGGUCAUUGAUACAGUACCAUUGGAUGAAGAAUUGAAAAAGGAAAUUGAUGAAUUGACAAAUAAUGGAGUUGAUAUUGAAGCUGUUGUUGCAACUCAUCCGUUCCAUACACUUGCUUUCCCUGAUUUUUAUAAAAACUAUUCCAGUGCAUCUUAUUAUGGAACUCCAAGACAUAUUCGUAAUCAGAAGGAUAUUCCAUGGGCUGGUAAUAUUAUGGAUCAUCUCAACAAAUGGUCUCCAGAUGUAGAAAUGAGAAUUCCAGCUGGUGCUGAAUUUGUUGCACCAGUUCCUGAAUCUACUAACCAUUUCAAUUCUGUUUGGGUCUUCUCACCUGUUGCCAAGACCAUUCACGUAGAUGAUACUAUUAAUUACUUUGAUAAUCCUUCAUUGUUGUUCAAGGUUUUGGGAAAAAAGUCAGGUCAAAUGGAUUUCCAUCCUUCAAUGACUAAUGGUGGUUUGAAUAAGACUGAAACUGCUCCUCAAUUAUUUAAGGAAUGGCUUGAGAAUUUGUUACAUGAUUGGGACUUUGAUAAUGCUUGUUGUGCCCAUGUGGGAGUAAAGAUUGGUGGAGCUCAUGCUCUCGUGAACGAAACCUUGACCAAUGCUCAAGGUGUAUUGGAUAAAUUAGCAAAGAAACAUGAAGGAAAGGAAGAAGAGCACACUCACCACUGA